GUUUCGCCGGGCUCCCCGCUGCUGCCGGGCGCGUGGGAAGGGGCGGGCUGGGGACGCCUCCGCGAUGGGCCCUGCGUUGCCUGGGCGGGGAGAAAGUGGCCGUCACGUCGCUGCAGGCCCGAGCCGUCGGUGCCUCGGUUUUGGUGGCAGCGCAGAGGGGAGGAAGCAGGCUGAAGUUGGAAGGAGGAGGCAGGAGAGGAGCUAGUAAGCGUUCUACCUCUGACCCCUCUCUUGCCUGGUGCAGAGACCGAGUGCUCAAAUAUUUUUGCACCCACAGAAAUCCUGCUGCCUCUCUUCCAGGAAAACUAGGAACAAGGUUCUCAGGUGCAAAACCUUGGGUUUAUGUCUCCUCUUAAGUAAUGCCUUACCUGGCUUGAAGAUCUAAGAGAGCUUCCUGUUUGCAUAAGGCAUAAAAGAAAAUGGAAGAAAAUGAGACUUUACAAGGUGAAAAGGAAAGGGCAAAAGUUGAAAAACAUGCUACUCCUGAGAUCAGUCGGCGGAUAUCAGUUAGUGAGUUCCUUUGCCACUGCUGUUAUGACAUUCUGGUCAAUCCCACCACCCUGAACUGUGGGCAUAGUUUCUGCAGACAUUGCCUAGCCUUGUGGUGGGUAUCGUCCAAGAAGAAUGAAUGCCCCGAAUGCAGAGAAAAAUGGGAAGGAUUCCCAAAAGUCAACAUCCUCCUCAGGGAUGUUAUUGAAAAGCUAUUUUCUGAUGCCAUUGAACAAAGAAAAGAAGAUAUUCAACAAAACAGUGAUGUAGCACGCAGCUUAGCAACCUUCCAAAAAUAUGGGAGUGACCAGAUCCCUACAGUUCCGAACACAGGAAGAAUUAAUCCUCGAGGAGGAGGGUUUUUCUCAGGCGUUCUGACAGCUUUAACUUGUGUAGCAGUAGUUCUACUUGGAUAUCACUGGAGUAGCAGAGAAUUUGAAGAAGAUCUUCUUGUCCACAAGCCUGUUGCUAAAUGGACUGCUGAGGAAGUAGUACUUUGGCUCGAGCAGCUGGGCCCAUGGGCUUCACAUUAUAAAGAAAGAUUUUUACUGGAGAAGGUGAAUGGAAGACUCCUUCUAACACUGACAGAGGAGGAUUUCAUGAAGGAGCCUUACAGUAUAGAGAACAGUAACCAUAGAAAAGCUAUUAUGGCGGAACUGGAAUGUGUGAAAACUUUAGGCGUUAAACCACCACAGAACCUUUGGGAAUAUAAGGCAGUAAAUCCAGGAAAAUCACUCUUUUUUCUGUAUGCACUGAAGAGUUCUCCAAGACUUAGUAUGUUAUACCUGUAUUUGUUUGAUUAUGUAGAAGCUUUCCUACCUUUUAUCCACACAAUUUGCCCUACGCAAGAAGACAAGUAUGAAGAUACUGUCACAAAACUACUAGACCUUAAAGAUCCUUCUUGGAAACAGUGGAGAGAAUUCAUUGUGAAGUAUUUAUUUUUGCCAUACCAGUUGAUAGCUGAAUUUGCUUGGGAUUGGCUGGAUGUGCAUUACUGGACAUCAAGAUUUAUAAUUGUAAAUGCCAUGUUGCUCUCUGUUCUGGAAUUAUUCUCCUUUUGGAGGCUCUGGUCAAGAAGAGAAUUGAAGACUAUUCCUCACAGAAUGUGGAGACAUUUCUGGAAAGUCUCAACCCAGGGUCUUUUUGUUGCUGUUUUUUGGCCUUUUAUUCCUCAGUUUGUCUGCAAUUGUUUGUUUUACUGGGCCUUGUACUUUAACCCAAUUAUAAACAUUGAUCUUGUGGUUAAAGAAGUAAGGCGUCUGGAGACACAAGUGCAGUGACUGGUAUUGGAACUUUUGAGCUGUUUAGCUUCUAAAAAUGGACAUUUGAAAUAAGCUUUGCUUUUCUUUAUAUAUGUAGCAGUGAAAGUGGUGGAUUAUGUUAAAUUAAACAUACAAAAAGCCUUAAGGUAAGUUACUCUUAAACUAGUUGAUUCCAAAUCUAAGGAUGGGCUUUACUAUCCAAAAGGAAUUUUCUAUUGAAAAAAAAAAAAAUUACAUUCCUGAUUUAGCCAUAUAAAACUUAUACAGUCAUAUCGCCCUAUUUUUGAUCAAAUCAAACUUCUCUAUUCUGUCUUGA